GGUUCCUGAGGCUCUUCCUGAUAGCAGUGUAGAGGGAAAGCCUGGAGAGGGGCUCCUCAUGUUGUGCCAGCAGCAGAUGCCUAGGACAGUAUGGAGAGCCAUGAGCUAGUGGAGCCAUGCUAGUUGUUUCAGCUGCUCUGGGUUGGGGCAUUGCAGCUGUCUCCAGGGGAAUGGUGUGGGACACAGCCUGCAAGAAGAGUGCUAUGAAGGCUCUGCUCACCUUCUGCCAGGAGACACCCAUCUCAUUUCCAGCACACUUAUACUGCCUUGCUCGUAAGUGACAGGAAUUCAUUAGCAUUGUAGCCAGUUUGCAUAUGAGCAGUGUGUUUGGGCAAAGAGGGAGGAGGGAUUCUCUCUUACUCUUGCUCAGCAAGACCAAGUGUCUAAACCCUCUCCUGUGACCUCACUCUCUCCUGAGAUUUCGCUACCAGCUCUGGGAAAACCAAGGUAUACCUCAAAACUUUCUUCUUGUAAGAAUAGCCUUUGCCAUAGUCAAGCUCUGGCCAGUUUUGCAGCUUCCAUGCUCCACCUCCUGCUGGUGCACUCACUGGCUUCCUGAUCAGCUCCCUUCAGCUGCUGGCCUUGCUAGAUACAGAAGGAGGGAGUUAAGCUUAUUUGCCUAAUAACGGAACCAAGAUACUCUUUCCUGAAGGAGGAAUUCUCUCUGUCCUGCCCAGAGGACGAGAUAGAGCAGAGCACAGCAGGCAGUCUAAGGCCUUGACAGUGGAGCAUGGGUUUCCUCAGGAGGGUGGCAAUCCAGCAGUGUGCUUCCUGGAAAGGAAGUGCCACACAGGGUUGCAGAGUUCAAAAGUGUAGCAAUACAGCAAGCAAAUGGAUCCUUCAAUGGCUGUGCCACCAGCCAGUGCCUUGGGAUUCCUGACCUCAAUGCCCUGCAAACCCCUUGUCUCAGGUGCCCUCAGCUGUUCCAUUCCCAGAUCUGUCUAUGCUGGAGGAGCCUGGCCUGCGACAAGGGUCUGCACUGCCAGGAGACAUAGUCCCUCAGAGUGGCUCUUGCCAAGCAAGCAAAUCCUCACAGCCACAUUUGAUAGUAUGUAGGAUCCUAGCAUUUCCCUACAACAUACUGGGAGAAAAAAUAUACUCCAGGCUGUGAAAUGUGCAGAUAAUAUGGCCGAGGGUAGUGCACCAGUGCCAUGUACAGGAUGUUUCUAAAGAGGGAAAUGAGCCAAAUUUGAGCAGUUUUGCUACUGGAGCUAGGGCAAGUGAUUUUACCAAGCUCCUGGGCAGCCACAUGCAGUUCUUGCUUUUGGCCAUGAUUGCCCAUGUUGGCUCCACAGGCAGAGGGACUGGGAAGGAAUGCUGCCAGUAUCUACACAAAUCUGCACUGUGCUGCAGGAGUGUGCUGCUCUCUGUGUGUAUUUUCUCUUCUGCAACGUGGCUGCAAACCCAGAGCUGCCAGUACUUCUGCCCUAAAGACAACCACGUCUGAAAUGCCCUUGCUGAUGACCUGCUACUGAGGCUUGCUCACUGCUCCUGCCUGAGGCUGGAGAAACUCCACCAAAACACCUAUAUGCAACAAAAACUGGUUUCCGGCCACGUGACUUCAGCUCACAUCCCGAGGUUCUGAGAAACCACAGCAGGCCCAGGCCUGGAGGGAAGGUGCAGAGGCUGUGAGAGGAGAGGCAGAGAGAGUGGCAGAGCGCGGGGCAGGAGCACAGCGUGCCGCUGCCCUGGGCCAGGGCCGGGAAGCCGAGGGCCGUCUCAGCAGGACGGAGGGCAGGGGAGAAGGAAGUGAAGCAAAACAGAAGACAAGAACACCAAGAGCAGAAAGGAAGCUGAAGAGGCCCUGGGAGCCAGAGACAGCAGCCAUGCCCCACAGCUCUGACAGCAGUGACUCCAGCAGCUUCAGCCAGUCUCCCCCUCCCAGCAAGCAGGACUCUUCUGAUGACAUGAGGAAAGUCCAAAGGAGGGAGAAGAAUCGCAUUGCUGCCCAGAAGAGCCGCCUGAGGCAGACCCAGAAAGCAGACACACUGCACUUGGAGAGUGAAGACUUGGAGAGGCAGAACGCUGCCCUGCGACGGGAGAUCAAGCAGCUGACAGAGGAGAUGAAGCACUUUGCCUCGAUGCUGAGCUCCCAUGAACCUCUCUGCUCUAUCCUGACAUCCCCUCCAGCACCUCCAGAAGUGCUUUAUGCAACACACUCCUUCCACCAGCCCCACAUCACCUCCCCACGCUUCCAGCACUGAGUCAGCCAGUGGGAGGGCAGCCUGCCAGCUCCACUGAUGGGAGGAAGCAACUUUUUGGGGCUUGCUUUUCCAUCCAAGGGAGAAGGAUGGACAGACACCUCUUUUCAAACUCUUCUCAACUCUUCUCAAACUGAGUUGCCCCAGGCUUGCUCCCUGUGCAGAAACGGCAGAGCCACCAGGAGGCACCUUCGGGCAGUUUCCAGCUUCGGUCCUGGGAAGAGAAGUCAUUCGCAAAAGUUCACCAACCCCCUUCCUCAGUGCUUGCUUGGGCAUAAUGGCAGGAGUGUGGAACGCCAGCAACCUCUGCAUGAGCAGCUGGCUGUGGCAUGCAACAGCUGGAGCUCCAGAGAGAGGAACUGGAAUGGGAGCAGGGGCAGAGGGGAAGGUUGGGGGGCACAGAACACCGGGGCAAAACUGUUUUAUUUUUGUAAAAUAAAGAUUGAAAAUGCUUAACUCUUUCCUAAAUAGGACCCAAGUCUCUCCUAUGGCAUAGUGAGGGUGCAAGGUGCAGGUGCAGAGAGCUUGGAGUCCAGCUCUGCAAGUGCUGGUGUCUAAUCUAGGACCAGCAUAUUUAGAAGAGGGGGUCCAUGUGCAUGGGCUGGGCAGACUGAGGGACAGUGGUUUAUGUGGUGGUGGAGUCCUUGGGAGAGAAGCCUCACUCCUUGCUGCAGGGCAGGACCUGGCUAAUGAGUUGUGAUGCUAAGUGGAACAUCAAGGUCCCUUCCCUGCUGACUCCCUCAGCUCCUUCCUGUCACUGGCUAGCCCUCCAUGUGCUCCCCUUGCAUGUGUGGAGGGCCACUGCCUUCAGCUUGACCAGCAGCACAUCCAGAAAGGCACACUGCAGCGUGAAGGGGAGUGAUGCUGAACAGCACAGGAGAAGCAGCACCUGACAGGAUCCUUGCUCCAAGGCACCCUGCAAUAAGGCACGCAGCUGCAGCCUGCACUGUUUCCCCUUCCCCACCAGUUACAACUCCACAAAAGGCUGCUGCAGUGAAGCAGAUGAAACCUUAGAGGUCAGUGAAAAGUAGAUUAGUUCUGCUGGGUCUGAUCUAUUGGAAACACAGGCUGGUCCAUACAGUCUCUGCACCU